AUGAUAAACCAGAUAGAUAAUGAUGGGAAUACUCCUUUGCAUUUGGCCACCCUUCACUGCCAUCCCAAAAUUGUGCAUUCGUUGACCUGGGACAACAGAGUUAAUCUCGCUGUGCUAAACCAAGAAAACCAAACAGCUCUAGACAUUGCUGAACUAAGGCAUGGCAAAAAUCCAUCCAUUGCGCAGGUACUUACAUGGAUUGCAUUGCAAUCUGCUGGUACACCUCGAAGUUCUGCUGGGCCAUUGCUUUCAAAUGACACAUUAAUAUAUGGUGAAGAAAGAGAAGCAGCCAGCACCAAAAAAUAUAAAGAUAGACUUGACACUUUGAUAUUGGUUUCAACUCUUAUAAUAACAGCAUCCUUUGCUGCUGGAUUCGCCAUGCCAGGUGGCGUAGAUAAGGGAACAGCUGUUAUGCUGAAUCAUGGGAUGUUCCAUUUGUUCAUUCUCUCCCUCACAAUCUCCGUCUUUGGGGCUAUAAUUACAACUAUAAUUCUCUUGUGGGCUCGUUUAGAUGAUCUGCGUUUAAUGCUUUUUGCUCUGAAGUGUGCGAUGCCAGUUCUAGGUAUUUCUUUGACGACACUAUCUCUGGCAUUUUUGGCAGGUGUGUUUCUUGUGGUCAACAAACUUAGUUGGUUGGCCACCACCUUUUUGGUAUUAAGUGUGGUUUUGGCCUUCAUGGUUGUUUUCUUGUAUGCCCUUCUUUGGCUGCCAUCCUCUUCAACCAUACCAUUCGUUCGAUAUAUUUCCUAUUAUCCCUUUCUUCUUCUUGCUAAGAUAGUUGAAGGGAAAACUGAUGCCAACCACAAAGGUUCCAGUCCUUCUAGUACCCUGUAA